CACCGGAACUAGCGGUGCAUUUGACAAAGCCUUCAUUUCAUCUUAACAAUGGCUAUAGCGCGCGUUGCGACUGAAUAUGUGUUUUCUGAUUUUUUAUUGAAAGAACAGAGUGAAUCUAAAUAUAAAGGCGUGCGGCUGGAAUUGGCUACAGACAAACUGGUCAGUUUUAUCGCGGUUGGGCUUCCUUUGUUACUCAUCUCACUCGCCUUUGCUCAAGAAGUCUCUGUGGGUACUCAGAUCACAUGUUUUCCACCCACUAAUUUCACAAUGAGACAGGCUGCGUAUGUGGACUCCUUUUGCUGGGCCGCAGUAGAGCAUCACCCUACAGACAUUGGUGCUGAUAGCGCCCCCCUUCAUCUACACAAGUUCUUUCCUUAUAUCCUUCUGCUGGUCGCCGUCCUCCUGUAUAUUCCUGCUCUCUUCUGGCGUUUCACGGCUACCCCUUCCCUUUCCUCUGACCUCAGUUUUAUCAUGGAGGAACUUGACCGUUGCUACAACCGUGCCAUCCGCCUGGCCAAAAGCCUCACAAUCAAACAAGACAAAGACAUUGCAGAAGACCCACACAGUGGUCUGGAACUGACUGAAUCUUGUUUUAAGUACCCUCUGGUAGAGCAGUACUUAAAGACAAAACGCUUAUCAUGGGCUUUGGCUGCAAAAUAUCUCCUUUGUCGGGUUUUAACAUUCUUCACUUUACUGCUGGCCUGCUCUUAUCUGACCUACUACAUCUUUUGGGUUUCACCCAGUGAUCAAUUCUCCUGUAACCUGCGCAGAGGUAUAUUAGUAAACGAGAGUGUGGUGCCAGAUGCAGUUCAGUGUAAGCUGGUGGCAGUGGGGGUUUUUCGUCUCCUAAGUUGCAUGAAUCUGGUGGUGUAUUUAGUGUUAGUGCCGGCUGUGGUUUACGCUGCCUUCCAACCUGCUCGCCAGCACCAGCGCGCUCAGUUCCUCCGUCCAUACCACCUACUGCCUGCUUUCGGACACGUGCUGGAUUUGCAGCCUACUAAUCAGCGCUAUGAUGACCUCAGCAUCUACCUGCUGUUCUUGGAGGAAAACUUGAGUGAGCUUAAGAGCUACAAAUGUUUGCAGGUUUUAGAGCUGCUGUCGGAAGGUGGGGAAGCCCCAUUUGACACCAUGUGUCUCCUCAGGUCUUUAGGACAAGUGAGGACUGACAUGGUGGACAGAAAACAAGCCCAAACUGUCAAUGGAAAUGCAGAGAAAGAAAUCUCUGAAAUAAAGGACGUCUCUUCUCUUCUGCUGGAUGAUGGAGUAAGCAGCAGCUGUGUGAAAGAUGUAAGACACAGGGUGGUCUAACAACAUAUUACACUAAUAGUGUACAUGUAUGCACGCAUCUAUAAUCAACAGGUAAAUCCGUUUUCAAAAGCUGUACUGCUGACAUAAACUGUUUAAGUCAGUCAAAUCACAUUGGAAAUAAUGAGUUUACAUGUAAAUUGAAUGUGAAGGUAAGAUUAUAUAAUGCUUGAAUAUUAGACUGAGAUAAUUUACUAAUUGCAAAACUGAGCUGAAUGUUUUCUAUGCUUGACAUGAACAGAAAUUGGAUGAAUGUUUUACUUCAUCAAGUUAUUAUUUAUUAAGCUGAUGAAAUGUUGUUUAACAUUUGAAUGCAUUGCCCUUUGUAGGUAUUGUUGCAACUAAUUAAUCAAAAAUUAAUAAUUUAGAUGUUACUGAUGUCAAAAUACUAACAACUAACUUCUGCCAAUGUUGCUUCUUGGUAUCAAACACAUUUAAGCAAUUCCUCGUUUCAUACAAAUCAUCUACAGUAUACUUUGAAUGUUUUAAAGUGUAGUUUACUCAAACAUGCAAAUCUGUGCAUCAUACUUAAAAGAAGAAUUUUGAAAUGACUGCAACUGUAUAAUGUGACUAAAAAUCCAUCAAAGCCACCUCGUGAUUAAAACCAUUUUACUGCUAGCUAUCUAACAUGAAUCAUGUUCUUGCAAAGUGAAGAAAAUGGGUUUGUUUCCCUGAGGCAACCUCAUAAAAACAGGGUUAAGCUAGAAGUGAUGUAUUCAAUUUUUUUAAUGACAAACUACAAAUAACAACAGAUGACAGCAUGAGGAAAAAGGAGACAAUUACAUCAAAUUGGAAUAUAAGUACAGUGAAGAGGGGAAAAAAAACAGAGGAAGUAACUUAAAUUACAUAUUGCUCAACAUAUUAUUUGGCACUUUUUUUGUUAUUAAUUCUUUUUAGCGUGUUAACAAAAUAAUUAAAUUCACAGAGAAAAACAUUUAAUUUGGGUACUCUUAAAGAAUAUUUGCAUUUAUGAAUAAAAUAUUUUGCUAAUAAAAUUAAAAUAUUUCCUAUAUAUUCUGUUCUAUGAUUACAAUUCAAAAAAUAACAAAUUACAUCUCCCAAUUUUAGUUCAAAUUCCAAUUUUAGUUUUGAAGCUAACUUUUGAAAUUCUUUAACAAGGGAACAACCAGAGAAAAGAUGAUCAAUUGACUCGGUACAAUUUUUUACAGAAAUUACAAUUCAAAUGAUCAUUACUAAAUUUAUGUGUGAUCUCAUUGGUGGGGUAUAUAUUGUGCAAAAUUUUUAAGUGUAUUUCUUUCACCUUGUUGGGGAUACAAUAUUUAUAAGGUAAGAUCCAUGCUUUUUUCCAGAAGUGAUGUAUUCAUUUAAUACAUAAAUGAUGUCUUAUGAUGCGUGCUACCAAGGGGUUUGCUGUUUAAUUUAGGUCAGAUGGACUUAACACCUUUAUUUCCAGAGGUAAUAACUCGCCAUGUAAUAACCCACUGCCUACAUAAAAGCAAUAAUCAAAUAAACAAACAAACCAUAAUGUAUGAUAUAUGUAAUAUAAAUUAUAUUUCACUAUUUUAAAUGUUUUGCUGUUUUAUACAUUUAUUUGAUAUGGACUGUUUUAUAUAUUGUGCAGAUGUGUUUGUUAUUUUGUAGCUCUUAUUGUAAUUGUUUUCAUGCCUCCUUGCCUUAAAUCCCUCAGAUAUGUUAAAAUUGCAUUUUUUGUAUGUUUUCAGAGGUGAGCACUUCAAACAUAGUAAAAAAGUUGUAAAUAAAUAAAUCUCUUUAAAUGAA